UGACAACUGAAGUUUUGUAUUUUGCCCGGUGUAGGAAAAAUUUGUCUAGAUUUUAGUUCACAGAAAGUAAAAUGUUUACAAAGUUUUUAAAAUUCCGUACCUCUAGCUGUUUAAGUCGAUUAUCAAAAGACUAUGCGACAAAACCCGUACAAACUUCUACCGACACAUCUCUGGAUCAAGUUCAUAUCGAUGAAGCUGUUAAAAUAGCUCCAAUCCUACAAUCUGCUUCAGUUGAUUUGUGGAAACAAUCUCAUGAAAUCUUUAUAAAUCAUGGACUAAAGACAACCAACUUCCUUCGGAUUGUCACUGCCAAUCCGUCCAUACUCUCAAGACAGCCAAAGAAAAUCAUAGAUAGUCUAGAGAAUUGGCGUAGUUGCCAAUUUGGUGAGACACUUUCCCAUUUGCUCCUUACAAAAUAUCCAUCGCUCUUAGACAUCUCCGAUGGAAGGAAACUCCUAAAGCACGUAACAUAUCUCAGAAGUUUUCUGGGAACCAAUAAGAACGUAUGGAAGCUUCUUAUGAAUUCUCCAGAUCUGAUAAAACAAUCCGAAGAGACUAUUAAAAAGAAAAUUGAUUACAUAAAUCUGGUGAUGAGAAUAGAGAUACCAGAAAUUGUGAAAUCCGAGGCUCUGUCAAGAUCACUAUUCGAUAUUCAAUGUAGACACGUUUUUCUUGAUCGUUUGGGUCUCUUUAAGCCACGACCUCCCAAAGCCGAUCCAGAUGAGCCAACAAAAAAUCCUCGGUUGUAUCAAAUCACUGAUACGUCCGAUAAGAAAUUCGCUACAAAAAUUGCCCACGUUACGUUAGCAGAGUUUGAAGCAUUUGAAGAUCUUUAUAAGAGGGAAUUGAGGAGAAAAGACAUAGAGCUCGAUGAAGAUGAGGAUUCGGAUGACGAUGAUGAUGAUAAAUAUUAUGAAGAUGAUUAUCCGUCAAAAUAAAAUAUUUAUGUUGGAAAAUUAAAAAUUCUGUUUGUUUUUAGUAUAAUUUAAAUUUUAUUUCACACUUUC